CCGUGGUGUCAGUGGACGGACGGCCUGUGAGACUCCAGCUCUGUGACACGGCAGGACAGGACGAGUUUGACAAGCUGCGGCCCCUCUGCUACACCAACUCGGACAUCUUCCUGCUGUGCUUCAGCGUGGUCAGCCCCACCUCCUUCCAGAACGUCAGUGAGAAGUGGGUCCCCGAGAUUCGCUGUCACUGCCCGAAGGCCCCCAUCAUCCUGGUCGGGACACAGUCGGACCUGAGAGAAGACGUCAAAGUGCUCAUCGAACUGGACAAGUGCAAAGAGAAGCCGGUGCCCGAGGAGGCGGCCAGGCUGUGCGCAGAGGAGAUCAAAGCCGCCUCCUACAUCGAAUGCUCAGCUUUGACACAGAAGAACCUCAAGGAGGUGUUUGAUGCCGCCAUCGUCGCUGGCAUCCGGCACUCGGACUCCCAGCAACAGCCAAAGAAGUCUAAGAGCAGGACCCCAGAGAAGGUGCGGGACCUGUCCAAGUCCUGGUGGAGAAAGUACUGCUGCCUGGCCUGACCCUCGCAGAUAGCUCAGGCUGCGACAGCUCUCCGGGAUGGUUGGACACAGCCUCCAAGCACCUGCAUCUGCCCUCAGCGUCCCUGUGAGCUUAGGGUUGAGAUUCAUAUGCAAAAUACAUUAAAGAAUUUUGGGAGUUAAGAUUGGUUUUCCUCCUAACUCUGGGAACUCAGAGCUUUAGAACUCCAGGUUAAUUUAUAUUUCACAUGGAAAGGGCUCUUCUAAGCCGGGCGUCGGCAUGAAGUCCUGCUGCAUUGUACAGGACACAGGAGGGCAUGACCUUCUCCUGAUCAAGGGCUACUGAGUGUUCAGUGCACGGCACAGCAGACUCCGUGACAAUUAAGCUCCAGCUCGGAAACCACACAAACCAUACCUGUUUUUGUAAGAGAAAAAAAAUGAAAACAAAAUCUGAAAAAAGCGACAGGCUUCUGUCUACAAAACCUCAUACCUGUCCCUUUUGUCACUCAGACUCACUUGCUUAAGGUCCUAAAACAACCAACACAUCCCACUGGCCACUGGCCUUGUGUUGACGGAAAAGAAUACUUGCCUUGUUUCGUUCUGUUUUGUUUUAAUCACGUGACCAGUUGUGUUGCUGUGCAAGUGCCGGGUACAGACCUGCCGAGUUCUUCAGGGAGGGACUCCUGCUGAGAUCAGAUCACGCUCUUGGCUUUCAGGACUGGCCUGGGCAUUGGGCGGUCUGUGUCCUGUGACGGAAGCAAGAGGAAGUUCUUGUCCAGGGGCUGUAAGCUGCCAUGCUCACAGCACCUGGAGAUGCCAUAGUUGAUGACUGUGUAAUGGACACACACACACACACACACACACACACACACACACACAACGGCUGGUUUGCUAAUGGAACUCUGAGACACACGAAAGCAUGCUUGCAGGUUUCAGCAGGUAUCUUCCUCUUCCUGACGUUUCUUUGAGCAGACAUCAUUUUGUAGAAUCUUAAUGUACACAUUUUUGAGACCACCUUAAAAGACGGGAUGAACGUACUUUUGAACCCUAGUGCCUUCAGGGUCCUGUGACCAGGGAGGCACUGGAAGGGACCAGGCAUCUUACCCAUCAGCAUCUUCUUGCUGGGGCCAUGCCUGUGGCCCUUGUCCUUUAAGGUGAGGGCCUUCCGACUGCUCUGAAACAGCCCUGUGUCAGGAAAGCUCACAGCAUUGUAGCUAUUUCCAGGAUGCCAUAGGGGCCAGACAACGAAUCACAGCUCUAGUUUGCUGUGGGCAAGGCACCUCUCUGUGGCUACCUGGUAACAAAAUUUUAUUAUCUAUGAAUUUUUUCUUAAUAUUUAAAAAAAAAAACAACCUUAUGUUUUUCUAUAGAAAAAAAAAAAAAAAACAGAAGUAAAAGAUCAGGCUGUGCUUCAGGUCAAAGGCUUUUUUUUCCUGCUGGUAAACAGGACUGGAGACUUUCUUUAACAAAAUGAAAAGGCUAAUUGCUGAACCACCAGAAUACAUGGCCUGUGAAUGGUAUUAGCCGUUUGUUCCUGAGGUGUUUCAUUGUGCCUCUGGUGGCAACACUGUUUCACUUGCAGACUGAGCUUACCCCACUGCUCAGCUUUCUAGAAAGCCAGCCUCCAGCUGACAGUGUGUACAGAGUGGUUGGAGAAGGGUGAGUUAUUUAAUUUUAAGUGUUUUAAUAAAGCCAAGGAGAUGAGCA